CAUCUAAUAUAUCUGAUAAUACUUCAAAUUCUGAUGUUGCUCCUGAACGAAUAGAAAAUAGUUCUAAUAAUACACCCAAUUCUGAUCCAUACCAGGAAAAGGAUAGCCGAUCUUUCACAUCUCCUAUUCCUAUAUGA